AUGAGAUUUCUUCUGUUCCUCCUUGCGGUCAUCGCAGUCUCUGAAUGUACCAUCAGAAAGGUACAGCUGUUCAAAGGGAAGACGCUAAGAAGCGUGCUAAAGGAACAUGGAUUGUUGGAAGACUUUCUGAAGAAGCAUGGGUUUUCCCCCAGCUCUAAGUACCAUCGCUAUGGUGAAGCUGCCAAGGUUACAGAUGAGCCCUUGACAAAUUACCUGGAUAGUCAGUACUUUGGAAAGAUUUACAUCGGAACCCCACCCCAGGAGUUCACCGUGGUGUUCGAUACUGGUUCCUCUAAUCUCUGGGUCCCCUCAGUCUACUGUAACAGUGAUGCCUGCCAAAACCACCACAGAUUCAACCCAUCUGAGUCCUCCACUUUCCAGAGCACUCAGGAACCUCUAUCCAUCCAGUAUGGCACUGGCAGCAUGGAAGGAGUUCUUGGCUAUGAUACUGUCACUGUCUCUCACAUUGUGGUCCCUGACCAGAUCUUUGGCCUGAGCACUCAAGAGCCUGGUGCAAUCUUUACCUAUUCUGAAUUUGAUGGAAUCCUGGGACUGGGCUACCCCUCCCUGGCUGAAGAUCAGGCCACCCCUGUCUUUGACAACAUGAUGAGCAAGAACUUGGUAGCCCAGGAUCUCUUCUCUGUUUAUAUGAGCAGGGAUAGCCAGGGCAGCAUGCUCAUCCUUGGGGCCAUCGACUCAUCUUACUACACUGGCUCCCUCCACUGGGUCCCUGUCACAGAGCAGGGCUACUGGCAGUUCACUGUGGACAGUAUCACUGUCGAUGGUGAGGUGGUGGCUUGUGACGGUGGCUGCCAGGCCAUCUUGGACACUGGCACCUCUCUCUUGGUUGGUCCAAGCUAUGACAUUGCCAACAUCCAGAGUGUCAUCGGAGCUACCCAGGGCCAGUAUGGAGAGUAUGACAUCAACUGCAGCAGCCUGAGCACCAUGCCUACAAUCGUGGUGCAGAUCAAUGGCAAACAGUUCCCUCUCCCUCCCUCAGCCUACACAAAUCAGGACCAAGGAUUGUGUUCCAGUGGCUUCCAGAGCGAUGGCAGUUCCCAGCUGUGGAUCCUGGGAGAUGUCUUCAUCCGAGAAUACUUCAGCGUCUUUGACAGGGGUAACAACCGAGUGGGGUUGGCCACAGCUGUCUGA